AUGGAGCUGAUGGACGACAAGCACAAGAUGAUGCAUGAACUUUGCAGGAUGCUGGGUGUUGGGCUUGAUGAGGAGAGUAUUGGGUGGAUGUACAAGCUAGUUGAAUGUGGAGCUGAUCCUGAUGACCUUGUGCGUGUAUUGGAGGAUGCAAUGAACGAGGCCUCUGGAAGGGUGCAGUGA